CAAUCUUUAACGAAGGGAGCCGUUGCAGAGGAUACAGAUUGUAACUAUUACUACUAAUAUGCCAUGCGUAAGCUCUUAAUAGCCUUUGAUAACUUACUCUAAGUUUACUGGUGAAGUGUAAUUAUUGUCUUAGGACAUAAUGACUACCGCAGAAAAGAGGAAAGCUUCUGAACUGGAAGAAGACAGUGUUCAGAAAAAUGAAGAAAUUCCAACUGAAGCUGCUGUUGCUCCAAAAAAGAAAAAUAAGAAGAAGAAGAAUAAAAGUGAAGUCCCUAUUCAGGAGGAAGCGCAACAAAACUGCACUUCCAGUGAAGCAAAUGCAGAGACAGAUAAAACUGACAUCAAACUUGAUGGGGUUGAUAAUGACAUUCUUGAAAACACAAUAGUAAAUGGCAACAGUAUGUCUCAGAAAAUUAAUAAGAAAAAGAAGAAGAAGAAAAAACACAUCAGACCCUACUGAUGGGAAGAGAAAACUGGCAGAUUUAGAGGAAGAAAUUUCCAAAAAGGAAGUUGAGGCAACAGAUGCAGUGCUUCCUCCAAAGAAGAAAAAGAAAAGAAAUAAAAGUAAAGCCCCCAAAACUGAGAAAAAUGGGGAAAUGUUGAUACCUUUAUCUGGAGGGGAUGAGGUUUCUGCUGAAACGGGUGUGAAUGGUCUAAAGGUGAAUGAUUCAGGAAGUGUCAGCCCUCUGAAAGUUCAGGAAAAUGCUGGUUCAUGUCAGGAAGGCAAAAAGAAGAAGAAAAAAAAAAAGAAGAAGAAGAAGCAGAGCACACCAGCAGUGACAAGUGUUUCAGCGAGUGCCAUUGUUGUCAGUAGUGUGGCAGAAGGUCCUCCAUUUUCAAGUCUACAGGAUUCUGUAUCGGAAAAAACCCUAAAGGCUAUUGCUGAUAUGGGCUUCAAAAAAAUGACACCCAUCCAGGAAAAAGCCAUACCACCACUCUUAGAAGGCAAAGAUGUCCGUGGUACAGCUAAGACUGGAUCUGGGAAAACUUUAGCAUUUAUCAUACCUGUUGUGGAACGUCUUAACCAUUUGAAGUUCACUCCUGCUGAUGGCACAGGAGCUCUAAUCAUUUCCCCAACCAGAGAACUAUCAAUGCAGACUUUUGAUGUCUUAAACAAAGUUAUCAAAGGUCAUUCUUUAACGUCAGGCAUCCUCAUUGGAGGGGUUGAUAGUACCAAGGAAGCUGAACUUUUAGCGAAAGGUAUCAAUGUAUUAGUGGCUACUCCUGGGAGAUUAUUAAACCACUUGAAAGUUACCCCUAAUUUUAUUAUUAAAAACUUGGCCUGCCUUGUUCUUGACGAGGCAGAUCGCAUUUUGGAUGUCGGUUUUGAGAAGGAGGUAAAUGCAAUAUUGGAACUACUUCCAAAACAGAAGCAAACAAUGUUUUUCAGUGCAACUAAAGAUAAGAAAGUAAAUUUACUGGCAAGAUUAUCUCUCAAUGAUGAACCAGUGGAAGUAGAAGGUGAACCUUUGGCAAAGACUGCUACUGUAGAUGGUCUCGAACAAGCCUAUGUGGUGUGUCCCCCGGAAAAGAAGGUCCUUAUACUGCACAACUUCUUGGAGAAGAAUAAGAAGAAGAAAAUUAUGGUGUUUUUCAGUACCUGCAAUGCUGUCAAAUUCUAUUGCAAACUUUUUAACUCUCUUGGAUUGAAUGUCAUGGAUAUAAACGGUAAAAAUCGGCAAGGAUUACGUACACAGAUGUUCUAUAGUUUCUCGAAAUUGGAAUCUGGAAUUUUACUGUGUACUGAUGUUGCUGCUCGGGGAUGGGACAUCCCAGCAGUCGACUGGAUUGUACAGUUUGAUCCACCACGAGAUCCUAAAGAAUACAUCCAUCGUGUAGGAAGGACAGCUCGUGCUGGUGGAAAGGGCAAAGCGCUUCUGUUCAUUCGUGAAGAAGAAAAGGGAUUGUUAGGUUUGCUGAAAAGCCAAAAUGUGCAUCUUCAGUUGGAGAACUUCACUUGGGAUAAGUCAAAAGAUCUCCAACUUAUGGUGGAGAAAACUGUACGAAACACUAAGAAUCUUAAGGUGCUAGCUUUAAAAGCACUGGCAAGUCACUUUGGAGGGUAUUUCAACUACAAUAAUAAUGAGUUUUUGGAUAUCACCAAAUUAGAUCUUAAAAAGCUUGCCAAAUGUUUCGGAUUUGAAACACUCCCACGUCUGCCGAAUGUUGUACAGAGGCAGUUAGAUGAAGCCCUUGGUCCACAAAAAGACCAAAACGUCAGAGCGUACAAUGCCCCAAGUAAAUUGCAGCACCGUAAGGGAAAAUUAUAUAACACUAAUACUAAACCACAAUACCAAAAAGGAAAAUCAUACAGUGGCAUGACUAAGCCACCGCAAAAAAUGGGGAAAUCUUACAAAGGUGUAAGCAAGGUAAAACACCAAAAGGGAAAAUUCCCAAAGGGUAAGAAAGCUGUAAAACCAAAAGAGGCCACUUAAAGAGAAUGAGGAAGAUACACAGUUUUCUAUUUACAUCCUUAUAUAGAAGUUAAAGAUGGACCUGGGGAGAAGUGUACCGAGAUGGUGAAUUUAUGCAUAAACAAUGGGUAAGUCAGGAAUGCACUGAUAGCAAUUUGAUUAAUAAGGUACAGGGAUCAAGCAAAGACAUGAAAGGGAGUAUUGAAGUUAGUAGGAAAUACUUAUACGAUGUAUAUGUUUGAGGAAGUUUUGAUGAUAACUAUCGAGAUUCUAGCACUGCUGUAUUUGUAAUUAUUUGAUAUUUUGUAAAAUACUUUACACAUGCAUAUAUGUACAUUGAUUUUUUAUUUGCAAAGGUUGUACUUUGCAAGAAUGUUGUUGAAUAUUAUAAAAAAAUACAGAUCAGUAAUUCA